CACACCGGCGAUGAACUCGCUCACGAAGCCGCUCGAACCGUCACGUCGUCCGCAACCGGAGCGCCUGCGACUGUGAUGGAUGCGCCCCGGGUACCGCAGGUCACCAUCACCCCGGAGGGUGGCGGAUCACCCCGGGAGAUGCGGCAAGAGGACUGGGACGACGCGGCGGAGGGCACCCUGCGCCGGAAACUGUCCAACUCCUCCAUGUCCUCCACCGGGUCCUCCGCCGUGGAGUCCGAGGACGAUGUACUCAGCGACAACGAGAGCAAAAGCGAGGGCAUCAUCACUCUGGAGCACCUGGUGGACAGCGGAGAGAGCAAGGCGUGGUGGAAGCUGAAGGCCAUCGUCCACUGGCCCUUCAGCGUCGUGCAGAGGAGAAAACUGAGCUGGGUUCAGCUCGCCGGCCAUAAAGGUAACUUCAAGGCGGCAGACGAGGGCAACAUCCUGAAGAGGUUUUCGGAAAACGAGAUGCAGUGUUUUGAAAAGCUGAAGGACGAUGCGCUGCUCCCCUUUGUGCCUGGUUACCAUGGCACCGUGGAAAAAGAUGGAGAGUCUUUCCUUCACAUGACCGAUCUGCUGGUGAACUUUGACCUUCCCAGCGUCAUGGACUGCAAGAUGGGAGUGAGAACGUACUUGGAGGAGGAGCUGGUUCGGGCGAGGGAGCGACCCAAGCCGAGGGAGGACCUGUACAAGAAGAUGGUGGAGGUGGACGGCGACGGCCCGACGGCCCAGGAGCAUUCCCAACGGGGUGUCACCAAGCCCCGCUACAUGCAGUGGAGGGAGAGCAUGAGCUCCACCAACACCCUGGGCUUCAGGAUAGAAGGAAUCAAGAAAUGUGACGGCACGUGUCGGACCGACUUCAAAAGAACCAGGUCGAGGCAGGAUGUCAUCCAGGUGUUCAAGGACUUUGUCGGAGGGAACGUCAACAUAAUAAAGUCCUACGUGAGCAGACUGACGGAGAUCCAGCAGGCCAUGAGGACAUCGCAGUUCUUCAGGCAACACGAGGUCAUUGGCAGCUCCCUCCUCUUCAUCCACGACCACACCGGCAAUGCUCAGGUCUGGAUCAUUGACUUUGGGAAAACAACGGCGUUGCCACAGGGCCAGACGUUAAAACAUGACAUUGCCUGGCAGGAGGGCAACCGGGAGGACGGCUACCUGUGGGGGCUGGAAAACCUCAUCCGCACUCUGGAGUCUGUAGGCAAUCAAGGGACAGGCGGAGAGACAUUUCGCUCGGUCACUAAAGGAAAUAAACAAACUACAGAAACAGAAGGUCAGUGACCUUUCAUCUGUAGAUGGGUGAGAGGAAGUCAAACCACAUUUGAAUGGACACCGCACAAAGACCUUUAAUAAAUGGACAGGAGCUGUGGGUGCUGGAUGAUGAAUGUUGAACAUGUGCAGGGGGGCUACAAAUAGCCCGCAGCUCUAACGAAGCCACUGACAGAAAAGACAUUGAAGAAGGGUUUUUUAGCGUGCGACUGACACUAAUUCAACUUCCUACAAAAUGAACAGAAGUGAAAGUGUUUUAGGGGGCAGGAUGUUACAUGUGAAAGAGGCUACAUGUGAGAAAUGCUCCUGAAAUAUGAUUAAAAGCAAGGGGAGAGUACUCCAUCCUCUUUAUUAUAAUCUCUGAGCUCUGACAAUACAUCUGUAGGUGUAAUCAUUCGGGAGUAAUUCAGUGCAGCAUGAUGCUGAAAGACCUCACAGUCAGAUAACUACAACACAUAACAUAUUGUAAAUAUAGCACUGCAUACUGUAUCAUUAUUAGAGUGUGUUAUCUUUGUCUCGGUUCUGACAAUCUCUUUUAUCGUAUAUCAAUUCAUAUUUCUUGUCAGUGAUUUUAUUACUGUAAUCAAACUGUAUAGCACUAUUUUGGAGCUGUGGAAACGCCCUGAUUAAAAAUGGGAAAAUGUUUUUUA